UGACGUGACGCACAUGGAUGUCUUAGAAGAUAUCAAGAAACGACGAGCCAUUGAAGUGAGCAGGAUUAAAAGUAUUCAGUUUGUGGAUAUGAACGUGGUUCUAGGGGCAGCAGGAGUCGAUAACAGAUGGUUGAUAACCUUAGAAAAUCAGAAUGCUCGCUAUAAACUUUUCCGAGACGGACUAUCUAUCAAGGGCGAACGAGUCUUUCUCAGGCGGUACGACGAUGUCAACUAUGAAGAUUACCUCGACUUUUUGCGGCGGAAAAACACAUUGCAGAGCGACGCGCACACCGCUGUGCAGAGACUGUUAUCCCUAUAAAUUUCACACGCAAAAUUCCUACAGUAAUUUUGGAAUGUGAUUGAGCAUUAUACCCAGCGUAUCGCAACCUUUUUGUGCAUAAUUUAUGCAGUUAGUGAAAUUAUUUGAAUUGUGCUCACUGGCUCGUAACCAAUCAGAUUGCUGGGAUUUCUAAACCCAUUCUAUAAAAUGUAUUAAUCCAAUAUGACCCAGAGCAUAAACCUGGCAUAAAGUUGGACCAUAAUGCAUGAU